GUUACCAAUUGUAUUUUUUUUCUUACUUUUAUUUAUAGGAGUUGAACUUUAUGCAUAAAAUGAGGACUGUGCCUGUCAUUCGGCUUCCUCGAGGACCUGAUGGUAGUAGCCGUGGUUUUGAUCCAAAUUCUCCUCGCUACAAGGCAUUGGUUUCCCUCUCCAUCUCUGCCUCAUCUUCAGACUGCUCUGCCGAGGAGCUUGCCCAAGAGCAAAAUGCCAGGGCUAUUCUACGGGAAAGAUAUUUGCACAGUCUGCUUGCCAUGGUUGGGAAACAAGUUUGCUUUGCAAUGUAUGAAAAAGUUAAGGUUGCUGCCACAUUCAGAGCUUCAGAUAUUGAUAUUUUAAACUUCCAGGUAUCAGACUUGCAGACUCCUCUAGGAAUUCAGAAGGAUGCUCUUCUCCGUUGUCCUGAUAUCAUUUCUUACUCCUAUGUACUUUGAAGAAACUACAAUAAAUAUUUAUGGCAAGUACAUUAAGAAGUUAUUAUACGUCUUCCUUUUUCUAGGACUGCAUACUUAACAUGAAUUGUAAACUUAAGGUGGUUGCGCUGAGAGCUCCCUUGGCCAGUACGUAGAAAAUGAGAUCCUGCACUGUUGUAUAACAUUUAUAAAAAGUAUCAUGUCAAAUAAAAUGGUGUACAACUCUUA